AUGACGAACAAUAUGAUGAUGUUUAAGAUCGUCUUGUUGGGAGACGGAGGCGUAGGAAAGACGACGCUGAUCAUCCAGCUAUGUCUGAACAAAUUUAUGGACGGAUACGAUCCGACGAUCGAGGACUCGUACAGAAAACAUCUGAUCAUCGACGACCAACCUUGUAUUCUCGAAAUACUUGAUACAGCCGGGCAGGAGGAAUAUACUGCUUUACGGGACCAAUGGAUACGAGAAGGCGAAGGAUUUGUGUUGGUGUAUUCGAUCACAGCGCGGGCGACGUUCGAACGGAUCGAGCGGUUCCGGUCACAGAUCUUACGAGUCAAAGAUACCGAGUCGAUGCCGAUCAUCCUUGUCGGCAACAAGGCCGACAAGGUCAACGAGCGCGAGGUCGGCAAGGACGAAGGCCUCGCUUGUGCUCGAAAGAUGGGCUGCGACUUCGUCGAGACUAGCGCUAAGACUAGGCUGAACGUUGAGGCCGCUUAUUUCAAUCUCAUCAGGGCUAUCAUGGCACUGAGAGAAGGCGACCGGAAGCGACCUAAAGAAAGGAAAAGAAGGUGCCGGAUACUCUAA